UCUGCUGCUCUGCUUUAACAAAUGAAAAUAAAUAAAAUCACAAGAGCUCUUUAGUGCAUCAAAGCCUAUUGAACUAGAGCACUGGUUUUUCAACUUUGGGAGGGGUUCAUGAGCCCCUCCAAGAAUCUGAUUAAAGCUAUGGACCCCCUCCUUAGAAAAAUGUAGAUACAAAAUAUUGCAUACAUUUUAUUUUAUUACAGGGGUUGCACCCAGUUUAUGGGGGCCUAAUCAUGGAUCCCCUAGGGUUAAAAACUCCUGGACCAGAGUAAAGGAACAUAGGCACAGAAGAAAAGUGAGGAAUACAGAACAACAGCCACAUGAGGCUUUGUGUGGGCACAUUGUUGACAUUGUGCUUUGAUUCCGAAAGGGGAAAAAUAACUGUGGUUUGCCUUGUUGUCUAGCCACAACACAGAGUGGUUGCAACCCCCACCCCAGCAAACACUGGUAUCCACUGUGUGGGCACUACCCAAUGGAUCACCCUUCACCAGGCCUUCCCUCACAUUAAGUGCCGGCAAUUGUUGUUGUUGUUGUUGUUGUAUGGGGGAGGGUAAUAAAUAAGUCUGUUAGGUACUUCUGGAGCUCUAACCAGGAAUCCCAUGGCAAGUAAGUCUACCAGGACCCACUGACAGGAGGGGACCCAUCAGAGGUUCAUUCACCCCUUCAGACCCACAGAGAAAUCAAAUACUGUCUGAAAUGUGCAUCCUCUUGCUCGGAAAUUGGCAUGUUUUACGGGUCUCAUGUGCACUGACACAAACAAAUGAACCUCUUCCAUUUGGUCUAGCUUUUCCCCAUCUCAUUUUGGAUCCAGGAGGCUGGGAUUCCUCAGACCAGACCCAUGUAGACAAGUGACUCUCAAACUAUUCAUUCAAAGUUUCUUUAGUGACAUGUAGAAGGGACCAACCCAGCAUUUAUGCAACUGGGAAUGUGCAGGGAUAUAGAGAAGUUGUUGUGUUUAAAAAAGAAUAAGAGAAAAGGGAGAUUAAUCACAGUCUGUGUGGGAUUCCAUGGAAUGGAGCCAUAAACAUUUAUUGGAACAAAUACGCUCCUAAUUACCCUUGUAGGAUAGAGCAGUAGAUCUUCCCAAAACAGUUUUUAAAAAAUGUUUUUAAAAAAUGUUUGGGAUUCUACUCAGAAAGGGCAGUUUUGGAGAAUGAGUUUCGAGCAAGAAAAAAGGGUUAGGCUGUUAAAGGGAAGUCCUACGUCUAGACAAAGCAGAUGUGAUGGGUGUGUUUUGCAGUGUGAGUUGUGUACCAUGCAGCUGCUGGGUAAAAUCAACUGUGAGGUCUCUAGGAGGUCUCAGCUGACCUGCCAGGGCUGUUUUAAGGAUUAAAGGAAUAUACGUAUGUUAGGUGAGCUAGCCUUAAAUGGGGUUUAAACUUGGGCUUAUUAUGGACCCCCUCUAGCUGGGACCUGGCCUGAAACAGGAUAUCCUUGCUCCAUGUGUGAUGUAAGUACAGCAUCCCUGGGAGAUAGCCAUCCAGCCUCUGCUUAAAUACCUCCAGGGAAGGAGAACCCCCUUUAGCCAUUUGUUAACAGCCCCUUACUAUCAACAUUCCCCUAAUGUUUAGCUUCAAUCUGCACCCCUGAUGUUUAGGGUUAAUGCUUUUAGUCAUGGUGCCUGCACCUAUUAUGAAGGCUAAACACUAAUGCUAAGUUCUCCCAUGCCAAUUGUCCCUGCUUUGGGGAAAUUUCCUUCCUGCUUUAUCAUUGAAGCAGGAUUUCUUGUGCAGUCAUAUCCCAGGUGCCAAUUUUGGAAACAGAAACUCUUGUUUCUUUCUCUUAUCCAGCUGGCUGGCAGAGGGGGGUGGUUGUGGACAGGAGUGCGCUGGAGAAAAGCAGAGAGUUCCAAGCGCAAUUGACUUUGGAGUGUACAUUCUUGCGGUGUAAUUAUCUCAUCAGAAGUGCAGCUUGACUCAGUGAGCAGAGAGACAAAGCAUCUUUAAAUGAAGCCAGGCUGUGUUCCAAAAACCUGUAGGGGGGCAAGAGAGGAGGGAGAUGGUGGGAGGGUUUAAAAAAAAUCAUAAUAAUAAAACUUCCUGCAGUUGUCAGGAGGACGUGAGCCAGGGAUUGGAGAAGCAAUUGACGGGGCUUCCCUGCACGCAGACACAGAGUGCUUGAAAGCUGUCUCCUAUCACACUUCUUCAGAGGAAGGUGCAAUAGGUCACAGCGUGGGACUGAAGGAGCUCAGAUACACAGGAAAGCUUUCUGAGGCAGGACUGGAAUAUGAGGAGCUGGGGAGCACUGGCAUAUCUCUUCUUCCCUGUUUGGGCAGGGGUGAAUCCAGUGGUUCUAGGACUUGGCCCCCAUGUGAAGGGGAAGGAUGCUCCUGCAAGGCACCUCCAGCACCAGCUGCAGCAUGGCUCCUGCACCUACACUUUCCUGCUGCCAGAGCUUGGGGGCUGUGACUCGCCUGCUGCCGAAUACCAGGUUUCCAACUCACUCCAGAGGGAUGCUCCCUCCCUAGCCGAGGCCAAGUGGCCAGUAAAGAGGCUUCAGCAACUGGAAAACAUCAUGGAAAAUAACACCCAGUGGUUACAGAAGCUGGAGAACUAUAUCCAGGAUAGCGUGAGAAUGGAAACAUCUGACAAUCACCUCAGUGCUGUGCAGAACCACACAGCUGCCAUGUUGGAAAUUGGAACCAGCCUUCUGAACCAAACGGCUGAGCAGACUCGCAAGCUCACUGAUGUAGAGAUGCAGGUUUUUACCCAGACCUCAAGGCUGGAAAUCCAAGUGCUGGAAAACUCCCUUUCUACCAACAAGCUUGAGAAACAGCUGCUGCUGCAGACUCAGGAGAUCAGCAAACUUCAAGAGAGGAACAGCUUCCUAGAGAAAAAGGUCCUGGCUAUGGAGGGGAAACGUGAGGAAGAGCUUCAAGGCUUCAGGUCUGAGAAACAGGAAAUGCAGAGGUUGCUGUCCAAGCAGGUGGACCUCGUUGGGCAUCUGGAACAGCGUCUGGGCACUGCCAUGGUCAACAACACAGUCCUCCAGAGACAGCAGGCCUCCCUGGCAGAGACUGUGAAGCUCUUGAUAGACUUGGUGUCCCAGUGCAACCACAUUUCUCACAUCCGCCCAGAAGAGCAGAAGACAUUCAAGAACUGUGCAGCUGCAUACAAAUCAGGGUUCACCACUAGUGGCAUCUACACACUGCAGUUCCCCAACACUACGGCCACCGCAAAAUCCUUGCAGGUCCUCUGCGACAUGGAGACCAGCGGAGGCGGCUGGACUGUAAUCCAGCACCGGACAGAUGGUUCUGUCGACUUUCAGCGCACCUGGAAGGAGUAUAAACAGGGCUUUGGGUCCCCACCUGGAGAGUAUUGGCUGGGCAAUGAAUUCAUCCACUUGCUCACCACACAAACUUCCUACUACCUUCAUGUCAAGCUCCAAGACUGGGAAAACAAUGAGGCUUAUGCCUUGUAUGACCACUUCCAUGUAGGCCCUGAGGAGCGUAACUACCGGCUUUAUGUCGGGAGAUACAGUGGCACAGCUGGUCGCACGAGCAGCCUUAGUCCCUCAGGGACAGACUUCAGCACCAAGGACAUCGACAACGACCACUGUGCAUGCAGGUGUGCACAGAUGGCAGGUGGAGGCUGGUGGUUUGAUGCUUGUGGACCCUCCAACUUAAAUGGCAUUUAUUACCCGCCCAGCCCUGCCAUGAACAGGUACAACGGCAUGAAGUGGCACUACUGGAAAGGCCCCAGCCACAGUCUGAAGGUGACCACCAUGAUGAUCCGCCCUGUUGAUUUCAGAGAGGAAUAAGAGGAGCUCGCCAUGUGGCUGAGAUGGGCAGGCUCCAGCAAGAUCAACCGAAAAUCAAAUGCAGCGUUGUGUCUCUCUCCAAACUUGUGCAAUCUCAACGGGGGAACUAUGGGUGGGUGUACUUUCUGGGAGUCAAAGAACAUCACUGUACUUCAUAUUGGCGGCCACAGGGGGCACCUACCACAGAAGAAGCACCAGGCAUAUCCCAGGUGCACCCUUGACUGUCCUGUGUAUAUACCGGUAAGGAACUCCUAUAAAGUCCAGAAUCCUGAGGCUGAAAACGGCUUGACUUUUAA